GAAUCCUUCAAAUCCACGCGAGAUUUGACAUCUGCUGUUUCCCACAAAAUAAAAUAAAGACUGCAGGGUAAAGGAGCGUACCAUCUUGAUAUUGUGCCCAUGUCUUACAUCUUGGAGUUUUACGUGCACCGAUCUUAACCAAGAUGUCAACUCUUACAGCCUUGUGCUUUGGAGUUCUACUUUCAGCCUUGGGUAUUUUAUUAAAUUUUUAUGCUCAAUAUUUGUAAUACAUUGCUCGUUAGCCAACCAUGAAAGUUUUGUAAUGAUCAUUGUACUACAAUGGCCAUAAAUCAUUUUGCUUGGGAAAAUCGGCUGUAAUCUAUUACAAUAAACUUUUUCUAUGCAUUAAUUCAUCCAAGAAUUCAAAUCAAGCAAUACAAAUGAUUAUAUUUUGGCCGUUGGAUUCACUGAGUUCAAUAGUUUCCUAUCUGCUGUCAUUAUCCUAAAGCAGGAAUUGACGAGGGGAAGACCUCUAUAGGAUUCUGGUCAUCUCAAGUGGAAGGACCAUUAACGUGUGCUUCUUCUAUAAAAUUGUGCUGCAACACAAAAAAAAAACAGUUAAUGACCUGUGCUCUUGAAAUUAUAAAAUGUAUGUUGGUCUCCUGUAGACUUGCUUCACUUUGCUCGAAGUUUUAAAGAUUACAUUUCGUAAGAAUUUUUGUAUCACUAAAAUCGAGAGUGAGUUAAUAAAAAAAAAAAAAAAAAAAUUCCACUAGUUCAGUUAAUUUAAAAAAAUACUGCGUUGAAAUAUUUUCAGUUUUCUCUCAUAUUAUAAAAUUUACUUUGGUCUCCUUUAGACUUGCUUCACUUUGCUCGAACUUUUAAAGAUUACAUUUCGUAAAAAUAUUUGUAACACUAAAAUCGAGAGUGAGUUAAUAAAAAAAAAAAAAAAAAAAUUCCACUAGUUCAGUUAAUUUAAAAAAAUACUGCGUUGAAAUAUUUUCAGUUUUCUCUCAUACGAUUAAUGACUGCCCAGCCAGUGUACCGAGGGACACCUACCUCCAGGUGUUCCAAGACUCUUGUUUCCAGUUCGUCAUCAACCGUGAACGCAAGCAUUCCGUGGCCAAGGUGGACUGCGAACACCACGGUGGAACACUGGCCAUAGUCAGCACGCCAGCGAUUCAGGGCUUCAUUUAUCACCAGCUGUCCAGCACGUACAAGGACGUCAGAGACAAGCUUUGGAUCGGACUCAACGACAUCGACAACGAAAAUAUUUACAAAUGGGAGGAUGGGUCUGCCUUGAACUACACAAACUGGGACAGCGGGGAUGGCCCCAACGCUGACUCCCACCACCAUGCGCACAACCACAACGAUGAUGACUGCACGGUCAUAGACAUGGAGAGUGGGGGGAGGUGGGCGGAGUUCCCCUGCGAAGAAACCCCUUUUUUCCUCUUCUUCACCGAGGAUGAAGAGCACUCCUACAUCUGUCAGUACAAACUGUCUCCCACCGCGACGGCGAUGCCAUUAACAUCACCACCACCAACAUCGGCUUCCACUGAGGCACAAACCGACUCGACAAUACGACCCAUGACAGAAACGGGCGCCAAAGAAUUGUCCGUAGAAACAGACACCACCGUUACCUCCAUAACAAACCCUUGCCCCCCUUUUACGUGUGAUUUAGACUGUGGCUUGGACGGUUUCCGGAAGAAUGCCACUUCCCGUUGUCACAUGUGUGAAUGCAAUUUGUGAGACCGGACUGAAUUCAUGUUAAGACUUUAAAAAUUUAUACUCAAUAUAUUUUUCGUAC